AGCGCUAUAUAAGCCCAUCCUGUGCCCUAUCCAUUCCAUCCCUUGGCUCCUGUGUCCAUCAACCUAGUUAAGACAGGCAGUGGCCGUGGUUCAGUUUCGGGUUAAGGAGCAAUGGCACCGUCUCGCCGUAUGGCCGCACCCGCCCUCUUCUUCCUUCUCCUCCUCGUCGCAACAGAGAUGGGGACGGCGAGGGUCGUCGCGGAGGAGAGGCACUGCCUGUCGCAGAGCCACAGGUUCAAGGGCCUGUGCGUGAGCAGCAGCAACUGCGCCAACGUGUGCAUGACGGAGAACUUCCCCGGCGGCGAGUGCAAGAUUCAGGGCGGCACGCGCAAGUGCUUCUGCAAGGUGGUCUGCUAG